AUGGCGCCCCGUCGAUCCUCACGAGCCAGAAAACUUGCAGCUGGGAGCUAUCGGGAAGACAAAGAGGAUGGUAAUACGAGUGAUGAAUCAACAGCUGAAGUCUCGAACAGCAUCUCUGACGACACUAGGCAAAGUACACAGUUUGGGGCGUCCGCGCUUUCACCUCAAACAACAAGCGCACAAUCUCCUACCGUUAUGAUGAAAGACGAGACGGAAGAAGCGGCUCUCAUUGACCCCCAUUCGGAGUCAGUAGCUUCAGAUGUUCUUGUGGAAGACGACACGACAUUGAAUAUCCCGCAACCAGGCCCAGAGGUGGUCAUUGAGGUCGAAGAUGACGAGGAACCGAAGCCAAAGCUCUCCUUGCAAGUCAAAUACCAAGGUUUUCACAUCUAUGGUCGUUGUCUUUGCGUCGUCGUCGAACCAUGGCCUCCCAUCAGGUCUGCAUCUCGUGCUCCCUCACUGGCUCCUCCUGGUGCUAUGACGAUUAGGGCACCGAGUAUAGCACCCUCUGAUUUCAUUCCUAGCGGGCAGAGAGCUAGGACUCCACUCUUCCUGCCGGAUUUUGAUAGAGAAACGACCCCGACCCUCGUAUCAUCUCGACAGACAAGAAUCUUACCACCUGUUCCUCUAUUCAACGACCCUUUGCCAGAAGAGGGCUACGACUCCGAUCUAGACGCUGAUGAUGACAACAGUGGGCUCUUGAGGUUCAGUCAAACCCUCAGUGCGACGGCAGAGACUAAUAGGAUGGUUGAGGAUGAUGAUGAGUUUGAAGGGGCUGUAUUCUUCGCAGAUGCGGAUCAAGCGAGGGAAUUAUGA